CUGGCUGGCGCGGCGAGGAGAGCCCGGCUCGGGACGCGCACCCAGAGAGACCCCUGAAAGCGCAGGGCUCUUAGCAAAGGCGGGAAAAAGGACAGUCUUAAAAUGUUAAAAGCAGUUCUGAAGAAGAGCAGAGAUGGUGCAAAGGCCAGCAAAAAGGAAUCUGGUGACUCAUGUUCAGAAAGUGCACUACAGAUAAUUGCUACGUCUGGCCACAAUACAGACAUUCCUGGUGGUGUGCAGCCUGUGUCUGAAGAUGCUUACAGAAUGAAUCUGACCAAAGGAGUCUCUAUGUCUUUGCCAUCGUCUCCUUUGCUGCCUCGUCAUGCUUACUUGAUGCAAUCGAGAGCAAGCAAAAAAUCUCCAGGUCCAAUCAGAAAGCCCAAGUAUGUGGAAAGUCCCCGGGUGCCUGGAGAUUCAGUCGUCAUACCAAUGAGGAAAGCGUCAGAGCCGACAGAACACAACCAGAAUGAAACAAAGUUGGAGAAAGAAUCAAACUGUUCACCAGCAGCUCAGGAACUGAUGACAAGACUUGGAUUUCUGCUGGGAGAAGGCAUUCCAACUUCUGCCCAUAUCUCUGUCGAAGAAAAACAUGAAACGAUGUGCACAGUAGUUAGUCAAGGAGUCAGUCCCUGUUCUACGCUAACUAGCAGCACGACAUCACCUAGCACUGAUAGUCCCUGCUCAACUCUGAAUAGCUGUGCUGGAAAACCAGCAGCCAACAGUAGUCCCUGUGGGACCAUUAGCAGCCCAAGCUCCACAUUGGAAAGCAAGGACAGUGGUAUUAUAGCAACAGUAACAAGUUCAUCUGAAAAUGAUGACCGAAGUGGAUCAAGUUUGGAAUGGAGUAAAGAUGGUAGUCUCAGAACUUGUUCACAUCAAGGAAUUAUUCAUGAACGAAGGGCAGAUAAUUGUUCACCAGUUGCCGAAGAAGAGACAGUUGGCUGUUCAGAAAGUUUGCCAAAAGUAGAAGCAUCUUCUGGAGAUGGUCCUGUUACAUAUACUCAGAAUUCUGGAUCAUUAGUAAUGCCUCGACCCAAUUCUGUUGCAGCAACCAGUUCCACCAAGCUAGAAGACCUGAGCUAUUUGGAUGGACAGAGGAAUGCUCCCUUGAGAACCUCAAUUCGCAUGCCGUGGCACAACACUGCUGGAGGGAGAGUUCAGCAAGAAAUCAAAGCACGUUUUGCCCCCUAUAAGCCUCAAGACAUUUUGCUAAAGCCACUGUUGUUUGAAGUGCCAAGCAUAACAAUGGACUCUGUGUUUGUCGGAAGAGACUGGUUGUUUCAAGUUAUAGAGGAAAAGCUGAAGAAUACAGAGCAGGCUGAAACCAGGGGAGCUGCCAUCGUUGGAAAUGUGGGAUUUGGAAAGACUGCUAUUAUCUCAAAACUUGUGGCACUUAGCUGCCAUGGAAGUCGCAUGAGGCAAAUUGCUUCCACUAGUCCAAGUUCUUCUCCUAAAACCAAUGACCCCUGUCAAGAGAUUCCUCUCAGCCAGUUACCCCCUUCUAUUGUUACCCCUAGUGGAAUCAGUACAAUCAAAACAGUGAAUUGUCCUUCUGCUCCGGAACAGCAGAACCAAACAAGCGAUUCAGUUAGACGUCUUGCUUCAAAGGUUGUUGCCUAUCACUACUGCCAAGCUGACAAUACAUAUACGUGUCUUGUCCCAGAAUUUGUACAUAGCAUUGCAGCUUUACUCUGUCGGUCACAUCAACUAACAGCAUACAGAGACCUUCUGAUAAAGGAACCACACCUACAAAGCAUGCUUAGCCUUAGGUCCUGUGUUCAAGAUCCAGUAGCCGCAUUCAGAAGAGGAGUGCUGGAACCACUUACUAACCUUAGGAAAGAACAGAAAAUUCCACAAGAAGAAUGCAUCAUUUUGAUAGAUGGCUUAAAUGAGGCUGAAUUUCAUAAACCUGAUUAUGGGGAUACAGUUUCUUCAUUCAUCGCAAACAUUAUCUCUAAAUUUCCUCCCUGGUUAAAACUAAUUGUGACUGUACGAACAAACUUUGAGGAGUUAACAUGCUCACAUCUUUUCUUCACAAUUUCCCUGGAUGAUUUCCCUGACAACAAAGAAAUACAAGCUGAUUUGAAUACCUAUAUUCAGUACAGGAUCAGUGCCAGCCAGGAUAUUGUAAACAACAUAUCUCUGAAUGGAAAAGCGGAUGCUGCUAUCAUUGGGAAAGUGAGCAACCACUUGAUCAUGAGGAGCAUGGGAUCUUACCUCUACUUGAAACUGACGCUAGAUCUCUUUCAGAAGGGCCACCUAGUAAUCAAAAGUGCCAGCUACAAAGUAGUCCCAGUCUCCCUCUCAGAGCUUUAUUUGCUUCAGUGCAAUAUGAAAUUCAUGACUAACUCGUCGUUUGAAAGAGCCCUACCCGUGCUCAAUGUGGCUUUAGCAUCACUUCAUCCAAUGACAGAUGACCAGAUUUUUCAAGCUAUUAAUGCUGGACAGAUACGUGGUGAACAGGAGUGGGAAGAAUUCCUUCAGCGGAUGGAGGCCCUUUCAGGUUUUCUGAUAAAGAGACGUGAUAAAACACGGAUGUUUUGCCAUCCUUCCUUCCGGGAGUGGCUUGUUUGGAGAGCAGACGGUGAAAAUACAGACUUCUUGUGUGAACCAAGGAAUGGGCAUGCUCUCCUGGCAUUCAUGUUCUCUCGGCAGGAAGGGAAGCUUAACCGUCAGCAAACCAUGGAACUUGGGCAUCACAUUCUAAAAGCUCAUAUUUUCAAGGGGCUCAGUAAGAAAACUGGGAUUUCUUCCAGUCAUCUUCAGGCUUUGUGGAUUGGCUACAGCACUGAUGGUUUGUCAGCAGCCCUUGCAUCUUUGCGAAAUCUUUACACUCCUAAUGUAAAGGUGAGCCGUCUGCUGAUUUUGGGUGGUGCAAAUGUAAAUUACAGGACAGAAGUUCUCAACAAUGCACCCAUAUUGUGUGUUCAAUCUCACCUUGGUCACGAAGAAGUGGUCCUUCUUCUGCUGGAAUUCGGUGCUUCAAUUGAUGGUGCAUCAGAGAAUGGAAUGACUCCACUUUGUUGUGCAGCAGCUGCAGGCCACAUGCACAUAGUUUCACUACUAUGCAAAAAGGGAGCAAAGAUUGAUCAUUUGGACAAAAAGGGACAGUGUGCUUUAGUUCAUAGUGCUUUAAGAGGCCAUUCUGAUAUUCUUGAAUAUUUGCUCAACAUGGAUUGGACAGCCUCUUCCCAUCUGCAGAGUUCACCGACAAAACGGCAGGCGCUUCAGCAGGCACUGACAGCAUCUUCCAGCAUGGGACAUUGCCAGGUGGUUCGCUUUCUGAUAAGAAUGGAAAAGGAUCCUAAAAUAGACAUUAAUGAAAUUGAUACCCUGUGGGGAGAAACUGCUUUGACAGCUGCUGCUGGGAGAGGAAAACUAGACACCUGCGAACUGCUACUCGAACAUGGUGCUCUAGUAGCGAGAAAUAAUAGGAGAGGGAUCCCUCCACUUUUCUGUGCUGUGCGCCAAGGACACUGGCAGAUUGCAAAACUACUACUGGAACACGGGGCUGAUGUAAAUCUAAGUGACAAACAAGGCCGGACACCAUUGAUGGUGGCUUCUUGUGAAGGACAUCUGAGCACAGUAGAAUUUCUAAUUUUCAAAGGUGCAGACAUUUCAUUGCUGGACAAAGAAGGUCUGACUGCACUGAGCUGGGCUUGCCUCAAAGGACACAAAAGUGUGGUUCAAUAUUUGGUUGAAAAAAAUGCCACAAUAGACCAGACAGACAAGAAUGGGAGAACACCCUUGGAUCUAGCAGCUUUCUAUGGCGACUCAGAUAUUGUGCAGUAUUUAGUAGACAAAGGAGCAGUGAUUGAACAUGUUGACAAUAGUGGGAUGCGCCCACUGGACAGAGCAAUUGGAUGUCGAAAUACAUCAGUUGUGGUUACGCUACUUCGAAAAGGAGCCAAGUUAGGAAAUGCUGCCUGGGCUAUGGCCACUUCGAAACCCGAUAUUCUGAUAAUCCUUCUACAAAAGCUAGUUGAAGAAGGAAAUGUAUUGUACAAAAAAGGGAAGAUGAAGGAAGCAGCACAGCGGUACCAGUAUGCCUUAAGGAAGUUUCCUCGGGAGAGUUUUGGAGAAGAAAUUAAAGCUUUCAAUGAACUCAGAGUUUCUCUGUAUCUAAACCUGUCACGAUGCCGAAGAAAAACAAAUGAUUUCGGCAUGGCUGAUGAGUUUGCUACAAAGGCACUUGAUCUCAAACCCACAUCCUAUGAAGCAUAUUAUGCUAGAGCAAGAGCCAAGAGGAACAGCAGGCAGUUUCAUGCAGCCCUCAGUGAUCUGCGUGAAGCCAUCAAGUUGUGCCCUGGUAACCAAGAAAUAAAGAGACUGCUCGCUCGAGUUGAAGAGGAGUGCAAACAACUCCAGAGAACACAGCAACAAAAGCAGCAAGGUCCUCUGCCAACCCAGCAGAGUAAUGACUCUGACAAUGAGGGGGAAGCUCUUGUGCAGGAUCCCUUCAGCUUGGAAGAGAUAGAAGAGGAGGAAUUUUUGCAUGAGGAGGUGCUGCCUGGUCCAUCCACACAGAGACUGCCGCUUUCCCAAGCGACUUCCUCUUGUAACAGAAACCCUCUGGAAGGGAACCCUCAGAAAUUCAGGCCCAUAUCCCCCCCAAAUAGAGCAGGCAGUAAAUAUCUACGAGAGCCUGGCUUGACAAUGCAGCCCACAAAACAAGCCCAAAUAGUAAAAACUAAUCAGCAUCUGAAUUCUGUCCAGUCUGGAGCAAGAGCUGGAACUGGUCAGCCUGGCACAAAAACUCAACCCCUUCAGUAUCUUCCCCCAAGCCCUGUGCCCUCCAGGCACCUUACAAAUCUAAGCAACAGUAAAAGUCAACAUUUGGAUGGUACAAACACACUUUCUGCAAACAUUACUGGAGGUAGCAGCUCUGCAGCAUUCAAUGAAAGACUAACAGCCGGACAGUUUUCCUACUUGCAGCAUAGUGACAAAGGAUCUUCUCACGCUUUCAUAACUAAAUCCAAAACGCAUGAGAGACUAGCUGUCCAUGCUCCUCCAAACAUGGAGAAAACAGUUCAGUUUGCAUCUCAAGGAAUUACUGAGAUAAGACAGCAGAGUGCUAUGAGUUCUAGUCCCGUUUCUGCCAGCAUGGUACUUUCUAGCUCUGCAAGCAGCUUAUCUUCAAGCAGCAGCUUCUCUGAGAGCCUGAAAGGGCAAGGUCCUGAAGUUCGACUCAAGGAAGGCAAAACUAACCAAGUUCAGAGUGGAACAGCAGAACACAGGCCUCGAAAUACUCCUUUCAUGGGUGUCAUGGAUAAAACUGCACGGUUCCAGCAGCAGAUGAACCCAUCAAAUCGCAGUUGGCAUGGCCAGACUGCAGAAGGAUUCCUGAAAAGUGCUUCUACAACUGGAGGAACUCUGUCUUCAAGCUGUGAGCAGUUCCCUGCCAAGCAGUUAGGCAGUUAUGUCAAUCAAACAUUCUCUUCCUCUUCCAUUUUAACAUCUGGGGAGAGUAUUCAGAAUGGGAUGCAAUCUAAAGAACUUGAGGAACUCAAGUGCCAAGCAUCUGCCUCCUCACAAGACAGCAGGAUAGCUAAGCCUGUGGGUCACUUAUACCAGGAAGUACUCUCUAAGCAGCACUCUCCAAUUAAUAAAGACAUUCAUUCAAGUCAUGUCUCUUCGACAAAGCCAAAGCGAUCUUUUGUAGAAUCUAAUGUGUGAAUAGGUCAACCUAUUUUAUCAGAAACCAUGUCUCUCUUUGGUUGUAAAACUUAGUGCAUAGUGGUAUAUACCUAAUAUUAAUUGCUGAUAUUUUACAGGGUGUAUAACAAACUUGAUCAUCCAGCCUCCUUGACAUUAAACAGGCUGUCUGUGAUGUCCAGUAGUAUUAAUCAAAAUAUGGGCUACCAUCACUUAGUUAAGAAUUGUUAAUGCAGUGUAGGAAGAAUUCCAUCUUUAGCAUCAAAUUUUGUAAGAAAGGGUUUAAACAUUCUUGCCUGAUUAACUAUAUUAGCAAAAAUACCAACUCUUUGAAAGGUUAAUGAAUUUAUUUUGUACAGCCAUGUAUAUAUCUUGUUAAAAAUGGUUUAACUCCUACAAGGUGGUGGGAUCCAUAGCACAUCCAGAACUGUCCAUGACUGUUUUCUUGUUGAAGAUUAAGUAUUACUCUUUCAUCUUAAUACAGGUGUAAUUUCAGGAGACCUUCUGUCACUUCUGUGCAAAUCUUUCAGCAGCCAUAUUUUAUUUAAAUGUGUGAAUAAUUUUGUUUUUAUAGCAAAUAAGGCAGCAAAUAAAUUACAGGGGGUGGGGUUGCAUGUGUUUUGUUCAACAUCCUGUUAUUGCACUGAGUAAUAUAUGACAUGUUAACAACAUAUAACAGCACUUUACAUAGUUUAUCUAAACACCUUUUGAGGUGCUAUGUAAGUAACAAGAUGGAGAAUAAGGAAGAGGACUGCAAGCUUUGCUAUGUUUUUAUAGAUAACCCAAUGAACUUUGGUGGCAGGAAUAUGUGGAUUUACUUUUAUAGGAAGGGUAUCUGAUACUUUACCUUCAGUGCUUCAGUGGGAAACUUCUUAGUUGUAAGGAUGUUUUCAAGAUGACUAAUUUGUAAGGACAUUCCUGUAAGUAAUAAAGGGCAACAGAAUAUUCCAGCUUGUGCAAGCCCAAUCUUUAACAAAUUAUUCCCUUGUGUACAGUAUGUAUGUACAUUGUAAUGGCAUUCUCGCACGGUUUUUUAAAAAUUCCAUAAACAUUUGCAAUUUCUAAAUGAAUUGUUACUCUUUAGCUUAUUUAUUGUUUCUCCUGGUAUUUGUAAAAUCUUAUUUUAUUCUCUCGUUCUGUAGAUCUAUUUUUUGCACAGCUACUGUAUUUUUCCCAUAUGGAAUAAAAGACUAUUAAUAUAGUUUCCAAUCCAGCAGUGUACUGUUUGUUACUACAAAAUAAAGUUGGAUCAGUUAUCUGUGAUGCAACUUUAGGGUUGGUUAGGAAU